CUCGCGGUCAAUCAAAAUGCCACGAGCUAUCAGAGGCGUCCUCAUCGAGUGUGAUCCCUCUAUCAAGUCAAUCAUCGUCCAGAUAGACGCAGAGGAUCAUGCUUAUAUUGUCGAGGAGCUGGACGACCAAACACUCGUUGUGAAGGAGAAUAUGCUGACAAGCCUGAAGAUGAAGCUGGACGAGAAAUUGAAAGCCACCCAAAUACCUGUGGAGGAGUCGGACCUCGAUUAAGAUUUAAGAGGGAUCAAACAGGCGUUCAGUGUUGUGCAUUUGGUAUGGGUGAUGACGUUGAGGAGUGGCCUUUGAGAACAAUAUCACAAUUCAGCAUGGUAUUGCAGCUCUGUUCAACCUCACUACAUAGUGAAGUCUGAUCAUAUAUCCAUCUCGUUUUGGUACUGGUUGAGAUCUCUAAUAUACAAUGCCAAACAUCUUCUAGAAUACAAAUUCUCUAUGCUUCUGGGGAAGUAGAUGUUGAUACUGUGGUCGACGUAGUCUCUGAUAUCAAGCCGGCAGGUAUUGAGCCCAAGGGA